AUUGGAUAGUAACCAACCCUGGCGCAAAAACCUCAAGAAACACGCCCAGCAGGAAAAGUUCAGACGAGACAGUUCCCACCUGUUACUAUUUUAUUAAAUCCCAAAUUCUAUUGGAUUGACUGCCGUGUGGACAAGCUGAGGAGUGAUCAGCUGUUGGAUCAUCGAGUGAUGUGCUCAACACGGUCAGGAAGGAGGCCAACUAUGGAGCAGCCAUCUCCAAACAGUGGCAGGGAUCUAAGACAGACAUUAACAGCCUCAGGGGAGAAUGAGCAAGACAACGGGGGACGGGGUGCAGCUCAUCUGCGAAAUGUUCACAAUGCAAAAUGAAGAGGAUGAGGAGGGAAAGGUGACGGAAGACGAAGAGCCCAGAGCCUGUGGUGUGUGUGGAGAUCGGGCGAAGGGUUACCACUUCAAUGCUUUGACGUGUGAAGGCUGCAAGGGCUUCUUCAGACGUGCCACACAGAGAUCAUCCAAGCUCCGCUGUCCAUUGUUCAGUAGAUGCGUUAUAACGAAGGACACCCGCCGAUCAUGUCAAGCCUGCCGCUUCCGGAAAUGCCAAGCCAUUGGCAUGCGUACAGAGAUGGUCAUGUCUGAGAAAGAGGUACUGGAGAGGAGAAUCCGAAUCAAGAAGAAAAAGAUGCAUAAUGUAUCAACGCAGCUUUCAUCUCAACAAGAAACAGUCAUCCAGGAGCUCCUCUCCAGCCACCGCAGCACAUUUGACUCAGGAUUUUCCCGCUCCAGUGGCUGCAGGCCUAUGGACAGAAACAUCCUCUCUGGGAGUGAAUACAAGCAGUCUGCCAGUGAGCCCUUUCACCUACUGACCAGCUGCCCUACAAACACCUGCACUACAGCUAGUAAAUCUGCAGCUGACCCCACAGCAUCUUCAUCAGCCUCCUCCCUCUUCUCCAGCCACUGUGGUUAUUUAGAAACACAAGAGAACCACAAGGAAGAUGAGGUGAAAAACACCUGUGUUUUCACUGCUCUUCCACAUCUGGCUGACGUCACAACAUACAUGAUCCAGGACAUCAUUAGUUUUUCCAAAAGUCUGAAGGACUUCCGGUCUCUACCUAUAGGGGACCAAAUAUCUCUGCUGAAGGGAGCCAUGUUUGAAAUAAUGCAGAUCCGCUUUAACAUGGUGUUCAACUCGAGAACGAGCAACUGGGAAUGUGGACGUAUUACAUACUGCAUAGAUGAUGCCGUACGAGCGGGUUUCCAGCCACUCCUGCUGGAGCCUGUGUUCAAAUUUCACCACACGCUGCGCCAACUGGACCUGCAGGAGGAAGAGUACGUUCUUAUGCAAGCCAUGUCCCUGUUUUCUCCAGAUCGUCCAGGUGUACAGCAGCACAGUGUGAUCGAUAAGGUCCAUGAAAACUUGGCGCUGACGUUAAAAACCUACAUCGACUGCAAGAGGACAGGCCCUAAAAAGCACUUGCUGUAUCCCAAAGUGAUCGCCUGCUUUACAGAGAUGAGGACGAUGACUGAGGAGUACAGCAAACAGAUUCUGCAGAUCCAGGACAUCCAGCCUGACACUAUUUCUCCCCUCAUAAUGGAGGUGGUCAGUAAAGACACGUGCGAUGGCUUCUGAUAUCGACACUCUGAGAACACUGCUGGUCAUUCCACCUCGCCACAUUAAAUUCUUUUUUACACCUGA